AUGACCCUCAAGUUCUCGGUAGAGCGACUUGUUGAUGAACCGACGAGCACGAGGCUUGAUGAACCUGUUGCUCAGACUCUUUCCUACUUUGAUGUACUUCUUCCGCAUGUUCAGGUUUACUUUUUUGGCUUUCUCGUUAGUUUUCUUCGUCAAUAGUUUCCCCUGAAAAUUCUCUAGACUCUUGUUCUCGAACUGAAGUUGUUUGAAACAAGACUUACGAUCAAAUAUAUUUCAAAUUUUAAUCAAUAAUCAUCCAUCUUCGUUAGAAGAAACGCGUUAUUUUACGGUAGAAGGCAAAGAGGACGAGGUGUGUUAAAAUCCGCAAAUUGUUCAAUCUUACUCCUGAUUGCAUGAAGUGAGCGAGCCAAAAAGAUCAGUGGCCCAGGAACGAUUGGUCUGACGGCUUGAAGUAAGAUUUUUCCUACCGUACCAUGAAAUAGAAGUUUUUGAGAAAAUAUAAAUUUCAAAUUUAGUCGUUCUUUUUCAUGUUUUUUUGAAUGUUUCAAACCUUUUUUUCAUAUUAUAUUGCUGUUGAUUUCUUGCAAUUUGUACUAUUGUCAGUUCACCGGAACUGAAGAUUUUACCUGGUUUUUUGUUUUUUUGCGAAUCUAAAAAUGUCAGAGUAAUUUCGCGAAACUCAUUAUUAUCACGAAUUUUCCUACAAUUUUUGCAUAUAUUCACUCUCUUGAAGGUACUUUUGAGUUUUAUUUCUUUGAAUGAGAUAUAAACUUUUGAUCUUCGAAAUAUUUUCAUCCUUAAGAGCGAAGCUUUCCAAGCGCUAAAAAUUAGCCAGGCGUAAGUUUUAAAUCUGGACUGUAAAGUGAAAAUUGAAUCCUGAGUUUUGAGAAAAAAAGAAAUGCUGUUUCAGAUGGCUUGCUCGAAUCCCUUUCUUUCUGGCCUCGGCGACUCCCCCAGUAACCAGACGCGUCUCUGGUCACAACAGUGGAUAGAACUCCUUCAGCAGUCCAAUUCUUCGCAAUUUGGUUUGUUUUGGAUUAUAUCAACUUUUUACAGUAGAUAAGGUCAUUUUAUUAACUUGGCCAUUUUUGGAGAUAUUUUAUAAGAUUAAGGUUUAUAAAAAAGUAAAAAAAGCUUUUUUUUUCCUACCAAAAGUUUUUUCUUACAGAGUUCUUAAAAAAAUAAUUUUCAAAGCUUCUCGGUUAGGAUAGCAACAUUUCUCAAUGUUCAAGUUUGUUCGAUUAUUCAAAACGUUGUAUCAUCUCAGCCUUUGACGGUAUGCAAAUUACCGCCAUGACCGUUCCUUCGCCCACUGGCGCGUCGAUUAGUUCUUGAAGAGCGGCGAGGUCUUCUUUCCACGCACAAAGGGGGUACGGUAUCAACGGUCUCGUCGCGGUAUUUGCUGUGCGCGAACUUACCGCCGCUUUGCGAUUGUGUUUCUUCUCCCAAGUGCGAGCUGCAAAACCGCUACUCACAUCUUCUUUGCAAUUCGAGAUGAAGAGAUUGAUCAUUGAGGGGCGCUAAGCAUGGUUUGUAGGUCGGAAAUAUCCGAACAGCAGUUUGGGAAUAUAAUCAAAGGUAGAAAAACUUAAAUCGCUUUGUAAGGUUUUUUUCAUUCUCAGUUAUCAGUUUGGGAAUGUUUGAAAAUGACGAAACCGGGGACACGAGUGUUUGUGCUGGUUUCCAAAAAAUUCCCAUUGUUCGUUGUCAUAGUUUCUCUAAUGGAAGGGAUUAUUCCAGCUAUACAGUUAUGCGCCGCAAAGCUACGUAUCUUCAUCUAUUUAUUGUCGAAAAGGACUUACUUUUGCGCAGCGUGGUUGCGACUACCCAGAAUGCUCGUCGAGGUACCAGCUGAGCUUUGUGGAAAUCUUAGUAUUCUCAACUUCCGGUUUCCAAGAAAAUUAAUAGCUCAAAGCCGGAAAAGCAUAUUUCAGCGGUCUUUGAUGUUUUUUUAAACUUGCUUAGAAGUAUUUUUUUUUAAAAAAUAGGAAGUUGUACAGGUUAGGACUUGCAGGAUCUUGAUCUGGUACCUCAAGAAGAUUUCUGGAAAAUUUUUAGGGUAUUCCUCACCUCACAGUGAAAUGACCUUACUUUUUCUGUUGGUUUUUCUGAUUUUCCCCACCGUAAUCUCAAAAUAAUAUUUUUGGUUCAAAAACGUAAUGUGGUCAGAAGCAUGUAUUCAUCUCGCUUGAUCGAUUUGAAAUUUCGUAUCUCAACUGCUCCAGUCGUCGAAGACUUUUUGUAUAAAAAAAAUUUUUUUUUCAAAAAAGACUCGAGUAUCUUUUUGAACACCACACGCACAACUUACAUACCGCUCGCAACUAUAGAAACGAAGAAACAUGAUCUCAUGAAAAAAAUGAUUUAAUUAUUUGUGACAAAUUAUUUGUUUUUUUAUAUUUUUUUGAUAUUAGCGUCUUAUCAAUUUGAUAAAUAGGGGUCCUUUUUAUUUAGUGUCCACUAAAGGAAAUGUAUCUUCCAACAUUAUUCCUUGAAGAUCCACUUCAUUUUUUCCCAGUGCCAGAAGCCGCGUCGUGACCGUAACAAGCGCUACGAUGCGUUCACUACUUUUCAAUUUAAAAGUAAUGACUAUUCACCUUUGCUUUUUUUGUUCGAGUUUUUGAGAAAAUUCCAAAAUUGUACGAGGGUAUUUUGGUUCAACUUGAUAAAGUCCGUUUUACAGGCGAAGUAGCAGCGGGGCUAUUUCUGCAGCCAUUCCGAAAGAAUAAACGAAUCCGAACCGCAUUCAGUCCUGCGCAACUCGUUCAGCUGGAAAAGGCGUUCGACGGAAAUCACUACGUAGUUGGUAAUGAACGUAAGCAACUCGCAUCGCGACUGUCCCUAACAGAAACUCAGGUACGGACUCAUUGUGGAUAUUUCGUUCAAUUUUCACAGAUUCUAGAAUUGAAUUUGCUAGAAAAUCAGCUCAAUUGGUUUUGGGUUCCAUACUGGGCUUUUUUUUCGAAUUCCAAACUUUAAAAAAAUUUUGAUGAAAAUUUAUUUUAGAGGUCCAUUUUUAAAGUUCAUUUUUCUUUUUUAAUUAGUAGUUGACUUGAACUCAAAUUUAUUUUUCCAUUUUUUUUUGUUUCUCAGUUAGUAAAAUUGCAAUCGGUCGACGACAGACCGUUUGUCGAUAUAAAUAAAGCCGAGAAAAGACUAGACUUACCCUCGUUUGGUCGGACAACAAGACCGGCGACAAUGAUAAUCCUACCGGGAGCUCGAAGCCGAAUGCAAGCAAAUUUUCGCUCGAGUGCUAUUAUGCGACGCGCCUUCUUGUUCUCUCCGGGCAAACAACCAUCACACCAAAUUGCAGGUCAAGGUUUGGUUUCAAAACCGUCGAACUAAGCACAAGCGAGUCCGUCUCGACAACUGCGCUUCUUCAGGUUGAAUUUCAUCCUUUUUGAACUUGAGUCAUUCGAACUUAACUCUUUCAAAAGCUAUAGGCCAGUGGACUCAAACUUGGAGCUCAUUGAUUUCUCAAUCUAGAAGUAGUAUUUAUUCUUUUUUACCUUUUAGUUAGGCUAUGAAAACUCAAAGUUCGUAUUCUAUCUUUGCAUUGAAUAAAUGAAGGUUUUAAGGGCCAUAACUCGGCGGAAAAUGAGAAAAAUGUUCUGGAUUUGAGUUUUCUGAAAAGCGUCUCCUACUCGAAAAACAUCUCAGAGGAUUCUCAGCAAAAUUCAAAUCUGUCUCUGAUCAGUUUUCAAGUCAGCUUGACCUCUUAGUUCGGCGCUAUAUUCAAAACGAGAGCUUUGAAGAAGCAGGAAUUAGGCAUGAAUGUUCAAAAAUAUGCGAAAAUAAAGUGAAAAAGGUGAUUUUUCCAAGAUAUUCGUUAUAAAUUCCAGUGGCCGUAAAAUAAUCUGGAAAUAAAUGAAGAUUUUAAUAGUGUUUAAUCUUUACAAGUUCAAUAAAAUAAUAAGCAAGUGAUAAUGUUUGGUGGUCCAUACAAUAACCCGACUAUGUGACGAGUUGGGAGCAAAGCGUUGCAUAGAACAAUUUUUGAAAUGACAUAUUCGAUUUAAAAAAAAAAAACAGAAAACGUUGUUUUUUAAUAAUAUUUUUUCCAGAAACUUCGACAACGGCUGAAAAGGACGAAUCACAACCAUCUGAGCCGAGAACGCCCUAA